GUUCGACUGAGGAGAGAAAAGCAGCACAACGAAGAAAACAGAGAACGUAUUGAUAGAGAGAGAGAGAGUAGGUGAAAGUGUAGUGCGGAGAAAGAAGGCGAGAGAAUGGAUUCGGAUUACGGAAUUCCGAGAGAACUUUCCGAUCUGCAAAAGCUUCGAUCUACCUAUCAGCCGCAUGUUCCACCAUGUCUUCAGGGAACUACUGUCAGGGUAGAAUUUGGUGAUGCAACUACUGCAGCAGACUCGUCUGGUGCCCACACCAUUAGUCGCAUAUUUCCGCAUACGUAUGGUCAGCCUUUGGCUCACUUUCUUAGGGCAACAGCAAAGGUCCCUGAUGCUCAGAUUAUCACUAGUCAUCCGACAAUUAGAGUGGGAGUGGUCUUCUGCGGGAGGCAGUCUCCUGGAGGACAUAAUGUUAUAUGGGGUCUUCACGAUGCUCUUAAAAUUCACAACCCAAACAGUACUUUACUUGGAUUUUUAGGUGGUUCUGAUGGUUUAUUUGCGCAGAAAACUCUUGAGAUUACAGAUGAUAUUCUCGCAACGUACAAAAAUCAAGGUGGUUAUGAUUUGCUGGGACGGACGAAGGAUCAAAUAAGAACUACUGAGCAAGUUAAUGCUGCACUUGCUGCGUGCAAGGCUUUGAAAUUGGACGGCCUUGUCAUUAUAGGAGGUGUAACAUCAAACACAGAUGCUGCUCACCUUGCAGAAGUAUUUGCAGAAGCAAAAUGCUCAACAAAGGUGGUUGGUGUUCCUGUUACUUUAAACGGAGAUCUCAAAAACCAAUUUGUUGAAUCUAAUGUUGGUUUUGAUACGAUCUGCAAGGUUAAUUCUCAGUUAAUUAGCAACGUUUGCACUGACGCUCUCUCUGCAGAGAAGUAUUAUUAUUUUAUCCGCCUCAUGGGCCGUAAGGCAUCACACGUUGCUUUGGAAUGCACUUUACAGUCACAUCCAAAUAUGGUUAUUCUUGGCGAGGAGGUGGCUGCAUCAAAGCUCACUCUUUUUGAUCUGACAAAACAAAUUUGUGAUGCAGUGCAAUCCAGGGCAGAACAAGAUAAGUACCAUGGAGUCAUUUUGCUACCAGAGGGGCUUAUUGAAAGCAUUCCUGAAGUGUAUGCUCUCUUGCAGGAAAUUCAUGGUUUACUACGGCAAGGUGUUUCUGUUGACAACACUUCUUCCCAGCUGUCACCUUGGGCAUCUGCCUUAUUCGAGUUUUUGCCACCUUUUAUCAGAAAGCAGCUCCUCCUCUUCCCCGAAUCGGAUGACUCUGCACAGUUGUCCCAGAUUGAGACGGAGAAACUUUUAGCUCAUCUUGUGGAAGAGGAAAUGAACAAGAGAACGAAAGAAGGCACAUACAAGGGGAAGAAGUUUAAUGCGAUCUGCCACUUUUUUGGUUAUCAAGCGCGGGGAUCUUUACCAUCGAAGUUUGAUUGUGACUAUGCCUUUGUUCUUGGGCACAUUUGCUAUCAUAUUUUGGCAGCUGGUCUCAAUGGCUACUUGGCUACGGUUACUAAUCUGAAGCAUCCUGUGAACAAGUGGCGUUGUGGUGCAGCUCCUAUUACAGCAAUGAUGACUGUUAAGCGUUAUGGUCGCGGUCCUGGGGCCUCAUUUAUUGGAAAACCUGCUCUGCAUCCCGCUACCGUGGAUUUGACAGGCAAAACCUAUGAGCUGCUGAGAAAAAAUGCAACGAAGUUUUUGAUGGAGGACGUUUACAGAAACCCUGGACCUCUUCAAUUUGAUGGUCCUGGUGCUGAUUCUAAGGUUGUGACUCUUUGCGUUGAAGACCAGGAUUACAUGGGCCGCAUCAAGGAACUGAAGGAGUAUCUUGACAAGGUGCGAACCAUUGUAAAACCAGGGUGUUCACAGGAGGUUCUCAAAGCAGCUUUGAGUGCCAUGGCUGCUGUGACUGAGAUUCUCUCAGUCAUGUCCUCCCCAGCUAGCAAUGGGAACACACCAUUUUAGAAGCACAAUAUUGCAUUAUAGGCGACUGUGCUUGGUACCUGGAGUUCCCACUUCCUUUUCGAUCCUCGUUUCACUCUUUAUUUGUAUUUUAUCAUAAAUAGCUUUCUGGUAAUUUCAAAAUUUUGUAGCUUUGGAAUGCAAAAUAAUUGGAAGGAGUGUGUUGAGCACAAUGGAUGCAUGAUUUUAUUUGCCUUGAGAUCAAGGGGAAUAAACAGGACUGGAUCCAUUACAAGGAUAACUGAAUUUUUAUUUGUUGCGACAUCUGCAGGAGUCGUGAUGGACAGUUACUGUUAUUAUUUACCGGCAUGAAAGUUUUUUGUGGAAUAAUUCCCAAAUGACCAAUGGAAAGGCAAUACGCUUUUGUUUC